GUGGCUGCUGGGAUUCCUCCGCCACCGGUGUGGACAUGUCCGCCAUGUUGUCCACGGUACGGGGUCCCGAAGAGCCGGUCCCCGCGUCCCGUUAGACCCGCACCCUAGAAACCGGAGCGGCGGACACCGGGGAGCCGCCGGGGCGCUGGCGGGCGCGUGGGGAGCUGAGUGACGUCAGUAUCGGUGCGGGUUUGUGGCGGGAUUCCCAAACAAUGAGCAAACUCUCCUUCCGGGCGCGAGCGGUGGACGCCGCCAAACCGCUACCGGUGUACCGGAACACGGAUGUCCCGGACUUGGCGGACUGCGCGUGCAUCAGCCGCGGCGUCCCACCGCUGCCAACCGGCAUGGAGACCGAGGAGGAGCGGGAGCACCACCUGCAGAGGGCCAUGUCCGCUCAGCAGGUCUUCAGGGACAAGAAGGACAACAUGGUGAUCCCUGUCCCUGAGGCCGAAACUCACACAGCCUACUACGACCGUCUCUACAGAGGACAUGUCAAAGUCCCUAAACAGCUGAUCCACAUCCAGCCUCUGAGUCUGGACCUGGACCAGCCGGACUACGACCUGGACUCAGAGGACGAGUCGCUGCUCAACAGACUCAACAGGAAGACGGACAUCAAACCCCUGCGGUUCGAGAUCAUGAUGGACAGACUGGAGAAGGCCAGCACACACCAGCUGGUCUCUGUGUCGGAGGCGAAGCGACUGCUAGAUGAGGACGAUGUCCUGCUUAAGACAGUGUAUGAUUACUGGCUGAGGAAGAGGAGGACAUGUCUCAGUCCGUCCCUGACUCCUGGGGUCAAACAGGAGAGACGAGAUGGGUCCAAUAACAGCGAUGCCUACGUGGCCUUCAGACGGAGGACGGAGAAGAUGCAGACCAGGAAGAACCGAAAAAGUGACGAGGUGUCCUACGAGAAAAUGCUGCGACUGAGGAGAGACUUCAGCCGGAGCGUCUCCAUCGUGCAGAUGAUCAGGAGGAGAGAGGAGGCCAAGAGGGAGCUGCUGCUCCUCACGCUGGAGGAGGUGCAGAGGAGGUAUCAGUUGGAGGAUUUCGGUGGAGAAACUUUCAGAGAAGUUUGUCUCCCUGUGAUGGAGAAACAUGGUUACUGCAGCCUCUUCACUCUGAGUAACAACACCAAGGUAAAGAAGAAGCAGCUCUUGGUCAGAGAUGAGCUUCCCUUCAACCUGCUCAGACCAAAGAAGAAGAACGUGAGAGGGGACAGACUGUGUCUUCUACAGAGAUGUCCCGGUCGACCCCCUGGUCCCUUCAUCGUCAACCGCGCAGACAUUAAACAGUACGACUUCCACAGCUCUGGAGAUGAGGACAGUCCGCCGCCGCUGUAUCCUCCGUCUUCACCGGGUGAAGAAAAUAAUCCUGAUGGAGUUUUUGUCUUCAGGAGAACAGCUGGAUGUCAAUAUCUCUCUCCUUGUACGGAGCCGGCCCGUGGACCUGAUUCUCCAGACCACCGUCACUCUCUGACUGAACUCCUUCCUCAUUGGACGAGACUGAGCCGGCGCCGCAGGGGGCGGGGCGGCAGGAUCGUCCUGGACCGAGCCUCCUCCUGUCUUGAUCCACUGCUGAGGCAGCUGGACUCUCUAACCAGGACCAGUACCUGCCUCCUCAGUGACCCCCCAAGAACCACGGCCCACUCCCUGACUGAAGUUCUGAACAACAUCCAGAACCUGACUCAUGAAAUUAGUUCCCCCUGUGAGGAGAACAGGCCCCACCGCACCGCUUCACCGCCUCACCCCCUUAACGCCCCGCCAUUCAACCUGAGCUCGCCCCAUAGUCGCAAGACCGCCCCAACACACCAAGUGAUGGCGGCUGGCUUCCAGCUGGAUGACUCCGUGUGA